AUGACGAACCUCUCCCUCCGUGAACUCGACCCCUGGUCCAGCACCCCCCCAUCCACCUCCGACGCCAAAGAACAACUCACCUUCCUCGAACCGACCCCCUCCUACGAAGAAUCCAUCCGCGCCCCCCGCCCCAACGCCCUGCAAAUCCUAGGCGCCACCUUCGGCGGCGUCGUCGUGACCCCCGACCUGCAAAAGCUCGUCGGCGACAGCGACCGGCUCACGCUCGACCUGCGCACGCUCAACGUGACCCUCCGCCCGGACCCCGCGCCGGGCCACCUCAAGGUCCUGACCAUCCUCUACCGCUUCGACGACGACGCCGCGCAGGGCACGGACGCGCGCCUGCUGGUGGUGGCGGAGGACGCGGGGCCGGCGUCGCGCAUGGUGCGGAUUGAUCGGCAUAUGACGGGGCAGCAGCAGGCGAGGGAGCGGGCGGGGUUGAGGGCGGGCGGGGAGAGGUAUUUUCAUGGGGUGUUGGAGAGGCCGGUGGAGGGCCGGGGCGGGCGGGGAGGUGGAUAUCCUGGCGGUGGUGUUUGGGCCGAAGAGGGUGGAGGAGCCGGCGGUGCUGUCGGUGCUGGCGAAUCAUUUUGA